GCAAUAGAGAUUAUUUUUUUGUUUUGCUUAAUCCAAUUACAGCAAAACAAGUGAAAAACAAACGAAUAUUGAACUGAGAAGUUAGUUUGUUUACUAUGUCAGACUCGGUUAACAUUGAUGAAUGCUGUACAGUUGCUCUGGACUUAGCACGUAAAGCAGGAGAGAUUAUUAGAGCUGCCAUCAAUAAAAGGAAAAAUAUUAAAACCAAGAUUUCAAACGUAGAUUUAGUGACUGAAACAGACAAAGAAGUUGAAGAAUUCUUAAUCACUAAUUUUAAAAGUCAUUUCCCAGACCAUUGUUUUAUAGGGGAGGAGACUACUGGCUGCCACCUUACUGAUUCACCAACAUGGAUUAUAGAUCCUGUGGAUGGCACAAUGAAUUUUGUGCAUCGUUUUCCUUACACUGCAGUAUCCAUUGGAUUGAGUUUGGAGAAAGAGAUUGUUUUGGGCAUUGUCUAUAAUCCUGUGUUAGAUAAAAUGUUCACGGGUGUAAAAGGGAAAGGAUCAUUCUGCAAUGGAGAGAGACUUCAAGUAUCUGGAACUGAGGAUUUAUCACAAGCCUUAAUAUUAAGUGAAUUUGGAUCUGACAGAAGUCCUGAAAGCAAAGAACAAAUUUUUCAAAACUUGCAUCUUUUUAUGGAAAAGGCACAUGGCAUUCGGAUGAUGGGGUCAGCAGCUCUUAACAUGUGUGAAGUAGCCAGCGGACAUGCGGAUGCAUAUGUCGAAUACUCUAUCCAUUGCUGGGACAUGGCAGCUGGAAAAAUUAUUGUUGAAGAAGCUGGUGGAACUGUCAUUGAUCCAACUGGUGCACCCUUGGAUUUAAUGUCACGUAGAGUUCUUUGUUCAUCCUCUCCAGUUUUAGCAGAAGUUCUUGCCAAAGAAUUGAAGCAUAUACAGUUUCCUAGAGAUGAAUAAGUACUGAAUGAAAUAGUUAUCAACCUAUAUUUAGUACUAAUUAUUUGUUAUAUUUUUUUUUAAAUUUUAAGAAUUUAAUUUCAGUCACUUUAUAAUUUGUUGUAAAAAUAUAAACGUCCUUGUAAUAUUUCUGCAUGGAUAUUAUAAGAUAAUUUAUUUACAUGCAUUUUUUGAAAUAAAUGAUUAUUUCUAUCAAUGAA